AUGGGGUCAGCAAAGGAGCCUCCCGAGUUUCGCAUCGAAGAUGUCUAUGCCACCAGUACCACCUUAAUCAUGCGCGGCUUGAAACGAAACAUCACCAGAGAGAUGUUUGUCACUAUUUUGGCUGAUACGUGCGACAGGCCAGGCAUGUUUGAUUACAUUUACGUCCCGUGGACGACGGAUGGUGCUUCCAACAUAGGCCUUGGGUUUGCGAACUUUGUAUCUCCACGUGCCUGCAAGGAGUAUCUUCUGGGCCUGACAACGCCCGAGAAUGAAGCGAAACUUCAUCGAGGUCACGUGAGAUCCAUCGGACCAGCAGCCAUUCAAGGCCGAGGACCCAAUUUGAAGGCAUUGCUUGGCAAAAGAGGCCACGAGGCUCUUCGAGGCUUCGACGCUCCCUUGGUGUUCCAUCAGGGGUGCCCAGCAUGUGUAGCACAAGUGGCGGAACAAGAAAUCCCAGGUGGAUUAGAACUGGCCUUGGAUGCCACGAAGGAUCUCUCCACGUCGGCUUUGACGUCACAGGAUCGUUCAAGGAGGUUUCAAUCAACGCUCCGGGCUGUCAACUAUGGCGGGCAGAUCCAGAGCACAGUACCGACACCAUCGGACUCUCGGUACUCUGCAUGGAGGCUGCCCGAGGCUGGAUUCACGGAGUUGCUUUACCAUCGGCUCAUGGUUGGUGAGAUCCCCCUGGAUCGAAAUUCACAAAGACCCGGCUCCCGCUGUGGAGCCAUGGCAUCGGCUUCCGGCACUGUCGACCUUGGAGGGUCAAAAACCUUCAGUGGCGAAGAUGAAGACCACAAGGAAUACAAACGUUGGAAAACAUGGAUGUCCAACAAACUGCUAACACUGUCUGACAAGAUACCGGCUUCAGCCCGUGGAGCCUAUGUCUAUACGAUGUUAGCAGGCCGAGCACUGGAGGCAGUUGAACACUUGGAGGUGGCAGAGUACCAGAAGGAAGGGGGAGAGAAAGUCCUUUUCGAGCUGUUGGGCAUUCGAUUCCCAUCCAAAGACUCUGCAGACGAGUUGAGUGAGAACCUGACAAAGAUCUUCGAGCUCAAAGCAACUGAAGGUGAAACCUUGAAGAACUGGAUUAGCCGCGCCAGUGAGGCCUUUGAGCGUCUCCGGCGCAAGACCUCGGUGAACUUCCCGGAGGAGGCACAUGGCUGGAUCAUUUUGAAUCGGGCUGGCCUCUCAGCCGAGCAGAGAGCAGUAGAACUAGCGCGUUCACUCGGUAGCUUGAAGAGGGAAGACAUAGGAAAAGCCCUUAGAAGUUGUUACCCUGAGUUCACCGUCCCCAAGAAAAAAGUUUUCAGUGCCGCUGCAGUGAAUAAUGAUCCAUCAAGCCAUGAAGACACUCUGGAAAAUGAGGAUGAUUCUGAGUUUGCCGAUGUUGAACAGUUCUUAGCCGACACUGCUGGAGCUGAUGAUGGAGCGGCUGAUUCCUAUGAGGAGUCUGACGUCCGUGAGAUCUUAGCAGCGACGUGGCAAGAGCGCAGGAAGUCUCUUUCCAAGUUGCAGAAAGCUCGACGCUUUCACGAAGCUGGCCAAGCUCGACGAUCCUUUAGGGUAGAAGUCGAGGAGCUCAAGAAGCGCACCCGCUGUCAUCGAUGUCAACAGAUUGGUCACUGGAGCCGUGAAUGCAAGAAUCCUGCGUCCAAGGGUUCAGGCAAGGGUGGAUCCAAGUCGAGUACUGGACCCAAAAUGGAUUCUGGUGCUGCAGUGGUGGAGCAUUUUGUUGCUUCAGUUGGGAAUGGCCUCACUAUGCUGCAACGUCUUCGAGCCCGCUUGAAGGCAGACGGAGCUGAUGACGUGCCUGAGCCAGGAGAUCAUGAGCAGUUUCUGGUCUCCAGUCCAGGCUUUAGUGUGCUAGACUCUGGAUGCGGCAAAACGAUCGUGGGGGAAGAGACACUUCGUGAAUUUCAGCAGCUGUGGUGUAGUCAUGGUGUCGAUCAGCCUGAGUUGCAGCCGGAAGUGAAUCAUUUUCGGUUUGGAAAUGGGCCUCGAGAGACCACCACUCACGUAGUGUCCAUGCCAGUGAUUUUGGGUGGCAAAAGAGGUUCCAUCCGUGCGGCGGUAGUGAAGGGCAAUGCACCCUUGCUGAUUUCCCGUAGUGCCUUGCGUACGUUGAAGGCUCAGAUCGAUUUCGGAGCCUCUGAACUCAAAGUCUUUGGUGAAGGCAAGGUCAUUCCUUUGAAGACUAAUGCGGCUGGUCAGUAUGUUGUCUAUCUGUUGGGUCAGUCUGAUGUUGGUGAAGCUGUUUUUCCUGAAAUCAUGCAAGCUGAUACCAAUUCGCAGCCUUCAACUGUUGAGUUGCCCGAACAUGCAGAGCCAUCACCCGAGGGUUGUGUAGAGCCUGUUGCCUGCGAGCAUCCGAUUCCCGAAGUGCACUCACCAGGACCUGACCCCUUGUCGUCAUGGUUCCGGGUUGAUCAGGGUUUAACGUAUGUGCCCAUCACCGGUAAGCAGAGUCCCCUUUGGCAUCAGAUCAUCCGUAGGAAGGUAAUUAACGUGGACAAUAAUGAAGUAAUCCUGGAUGAAGAGAUAGACCAUAAUCUCCCCAAGAGACACUACUUUGUCCUCAGGAGAAAGCCUCAGGAGAAAGCAUGCCCGACUGAGUGCUUGCCUGUGCACCAAAUUUGUCAGGUGGCUGCAGAGAUCCGGAAAGAGCAUAAGUAUCCUGGAACAUAUGUCAAAGGUAGGCGUCUCCUGGUGUCAGAAGUUUUCAGUCCACCCAGGUUUUCUCAGAUUGCCGAGUCAUAUGGUUUUGCUGCCUGGUCGUAUGACCUCAUCAAUGGCAAUGAUUUCCGGAAGAGUGCUGACCGUGAUCGGGUCAAACAUGAACUGCAAGCUCAGCCGCCCGAUUUGUUGGUAUUGUGUCCGCCUUGCACUAAUGAGGGAGGUUGGUGGAAUCUGAACAGUUCAUUUUUGACUUUGGAAGAGAAGAUGAAGAAACAAAGGGAAAGCCGGUUGUACAUCCGUUUUUGUUGUGAGCUGUACACCCAGCAGGUUCAAUCAGGUCGUCACGCCAUUUUUGAGCAUCCGAAAGGUGCUAGAACGUGGUCUUACUCGGAAGUAAAAGCCUUGUUGGGUCACGUUGUCAAAUGUCACAUGUGCCGAUAUGGUUUAAGGCUUCCUGACAGCUGCAAUCUCAUCCGGAAGUCCACCAACUUGUUGGUAAGUCAUGAGCAUAUGACGUCUUUAGGAUUGGGCAAAUGUAGGGCUGUGAAUUCUACGUUGGGUAGCGAAGCGCAAGCAAUGGCCACCGCUGGUGGUACAGCGGAGUGGCUAAGUCUUUUGUUAGCUGAAGCCGUUGAUGGUCCCUUCGAUCCUUCCCAAGCCCAACAGGAUCGUGCCGACCCAGUAGACUUGUUGCGUUCUUGCGUCCGCAAGUCUUCCUACCAGAUCUCGCCGGAACAGACCAUCUUGGAUCAGCAGGCAGAAGAAAUUACCUUUUGCUAUGCCUUUGGAUCAGCAGGAGCUCCUCCAGCUGCAGUCGAGUCUGGAGCAAUGCACGAUGGUGCCAAACGUCGUGAGCCUUUGGUUCCUGAGGAGCCCCCAUCCAAGCGUUUGCCUCCGAAGUCCCAAGCUGGAUAUGGCAGUGCUGUGGUGGCAGCUCCGUGGAAUGCCUCCGCUUCUACAGUGCCUCCAUCUACUGAGCCCUUGAGUGAGUCGUUGCAAGCAAAGCAGGUUGAUAAGUCCAACCCGAAGAAGAUUUGCCUGCCUCCCAACAUUUUGAAUGGUGAGAUGUGGGGCCGCACAGUGAUUGACUUUGGAAUGUAUAAGUUGUAUAAGGACUCAUCCAAGUCAUACAUAGCCCUUCGAAAUUCAGAGUCCCCUCGUGCUGUUGCGUAUGUCAAGUGGUGCAAAGCACGUGCAUAUUCCUCUCUGGGUUUUCUCAGAGAUUUUGCUCAGUAUUUGGUCUACAUGGACCAGCAGGACCAUGAGCAGACCUUUGCGGAAGGUCCUUUCAUCCUUGGCACCAAUGCCAUCCGAUGCAUGAAGUAA